GGUGGGCGUUGCCGCUGUGUUUGUCACAUGACCGGCUUAGUGCGGGUCAGCUGAUAGAGAUCUUAGACAGAGGGAGAACUCAUGGGACGGAGGCUGCGGGGGAUCCCGGAUACUGAGCGCAUCCUCCAGCAGAUGACACGCACUCACCGGAGUGACACCCCGCGCUGAGACAUGAUGGCCGCGAUGCGCAGGAGCCGCAGCCUCAGUGACAACCCCAAGCCCGGAGCGGUGGCGGCAGCGGCAGCUGAGCGCCAGCACCUCCUGUCUCAAUCGCCCUGCUAUGGCUCCAGGUUGUGUGAAGGAUCCAGCCCGGAGGAGGUGCAGCUCCGGAGGCGGCUGAAGUAUUUCUUCAUGAGCCCUUGUGACAAGUACAGAGCCAAGGGGAGGAAGCCUUACAAGUUGGCCCUGCAGCUUAUCAAGAUCAUGUUGGUCACCGUUCAGCUCAUCCUGUUUGGUCUCAGUAAUCAGAUGGUCGUACAGUUCAGGGAGGAGAACACUGUGGCCUUUAAACAUCUCUUCCUGAAGGAUUACACGGACGAUUCGGAUAAGACCUACUCCGUCUACACCCAGAGCGAUGUCUACGAGCACCUCUACUAUGCAGUGGAGCAGUAUAUCUCUUUACCAAACCAAACCACCGCUCGCUAUGCUUACACGCGUCCCGCCAACCAGUCGGCGCUCUCGGUGUGUCAGCAAUAUUACCGCAAAGGCCACAUCGAUCCUGCCAACGAUACGUUCAACAUCGAUCCCAAAGUUAUUACAGACUGUGUUUACGCCGACCCUACCGAGACCACUCACAACUACAGGAAUUUUACCAUUAAAUUUCACAAGUUGAUUAACAUUACGGUACAAUUUCAGCUAAAAGCUAUUAACAUCCAGACAAUCAUUAACAACGAGAUCCCGGACUGUUACACCUUCACAAUCACUAUCUUAUUUGAUAACCAAGCGCACAGCGGGAGAGUAAAAAUUACACUGGACAAUGAUGCGACCAUUAAGGAGUGCAAAGACCCGAGUGUAUAUGGAAGAGGUGACAACCACUCUCGUUUGGCAUUUGACAUCAUUGUGAUCAUUUCCUGUAUUCUCUCCUUCAUCCUGUGUGCAAGAUCCAUCCUACGAGGCCUGAAACUGCAGAAUGAAUUUGCUACGUUCGUACAGACACGUCACUCAUUGACUGUAUCCUUGUCUGAUCGGCUGGAGUUUGUGAAUGGUUGGUACUCUCUGCUCAUUGUAAGUGACAUCCUCACAGUGUCGGGGACCAUCAUGAAGAUUGGGAUUGAAUCCAAGACCUUCGCCAGUUACGAUGUCUGUAGCAUUCUGCUGGGAACCUCGACUUUGCUGGUUUGGGUUGGAGUUAUCCGAUAUCUGAGCUUCUUCCAGAAAUAUAAUAUUCUCAUUGUCACACUCAGAGUGGCUCUACCAGACGUUAUUCGUUUCUGUUGUUGUGCGGCGGUGAUUUAUCUGGGAUAUUGCUUCUGUGGCUGGAUUGUCCUGGGACCUUAUCAUGUCAAGUUCCGUUCCCUCUCGAUGGUGUCGGAAUGCCUUUUCUCCCUUAUAAAUGGGGAUGACAUGUUUGUCACCUUCUCAGAGAUGCAGAACAGCAGUUACCUCGUGUGGAUGUUCAGUCAGCUUUAUUUGUACACCUUCAUCAGUCUUUUUAUCUACAUGGUACUCAGUCUUUUCAUUGCCUUGAUCACGGGAGCCUAUGAGACCAUCAAGUUUCAGAAUGCUGGAAAAGAAAAUGUAUCCGCACUCCAUCAAUACAUAGAGGAGUGUAAGGACAGCCCCAGCUCAGGGAAAUUCCGUACCCCAAGUUCCACCAGCUGUUCCAUGUUAUGCUGCUUUCCUAGGCCAUCUCAACCUGAUGAAGAUCAAGCGACUAUUAACUGAAGAUGUACUUUUUCUCGCCUCGAAUAAGGAUGAGGAAUUCGUCUGUCUCUAUUUUGAGGAUUUUAACUCCGUUUUAAGGACUUUAUUUUUAAGGCGUUUUUUUUUUUUUCAUUUUGUUUACAAAGAACUUUUUAAGUGAGUACUUGGAAGCCUUAUACGGUAGCGCCAAAAGGUGGAAUCUCUGUCCUGGAGCCAGACCUUUGUCAGAGUUAAAUGGGAUCCGCCAGCGCUCUGACACUACCCCAGCUGCUGACAGUUAUGUAGCUGCUUGUACAAGUAAUGCCUCUGUGGUAGCUGUCAUGUUGUCAAAACUGAGAAAAUUGCACUUUAGAUCAGUGCCGUGGUCUGGCACGCUUCACCAUUCCUCCCCUCCUUGACUUAAUAUGCAUGGCUCAGCCUCACACUAGCGCAGUGGAUUCAAAGGGUGGCGCACGUACUGGGAAUUUGGCACUAGCCGUGCUUGCACUGUCCUUUAAACCAACAUCACUGGCGCAAGACUUGGAUUCAGAGGUCAGCGCACAAUUCAUGCCUAAUUAUAGAGAAGUGAUGGAUGAGGCGCGCCACACCGUGGCACAGAUACGGCUGAACGCCUCUUUCUCUCCUCAAAUAUAUAUACAGUGCAGCUUUAACAACACGGACAGUGACCACUAUAUAGUACAGGCAGCUAUGUAUCAGAUUCCUUUAUAAGCUAAAACUGUAGAUCUUAAAUGCUUUGUGGAGUAAUUCGCUUUUAGGAAGCAUUUAGUGUAUUUUACAAUUCAGGGAGAGUAUUCCAGGAUCAUGGAGCAGAAAUAGUAGUGUUGGACUGGAAGACUGAUGUAACAUGAAGUUAGAGAAGACGUAGUAUCAAGAGACCAAGCUAGACGCACAACUGGACACUUAUCGUGCCAUUGACUUGUUUAGGUGACACUGUUUUAAUUUAAUAUUUUAAAAAAAACAAAAACCUUUUAAUGUAUUGGAAUAAAAAGUGUCCCAGUACACAA